CUACACACAGAAGGAAGAGUACGAGACAAAUCGGGAGAGGAGCAAUGGAGUUUUACGACGAAGACAAGCCAAGAUUCGUCUUCCAAUCUCGUCCUUCCUCUUCUCGCCGCAAGACGGAGGACGAGGAGGAGGAAGAUCAUAAAGCCCCUAGCAAGAUCUUCAUCUCAAUCUCCGUCGUUAUCUCCCUCCUCACUCUAUCACUCUCCUUCUUCUACUUCGAAUCCGAGCCUGCCCAAUCGCUUCUCUUAUGGCUCGCAAUCUCCUUCCUCGUCGGUCCUUUCGCGCCUCCUCCCCUCACCGGUGGCAAAAUCCGCGUCGGUUACGGUCAGAUCUUGGAGCCGGAGGAGAUCAAGGAGGAGCACUCGACGGAUAACGAACGUGAAUCGAGGAGGAACAAGCGAUCUAAUAAAGUGACGAAGAGCGAGAAACCGCCGGAAAAUCCACAUCCGGUAAAAGUGGAUCGCGAUCGGAGUGAGAUUCAUGGAUCUGUGAAGGAGUGGAGUGAAGAAGAGAUGGAGAUUCUGAAGAAGCAGCUGGUAAAGCAUCCGGCGGGGAAGCCUGGGCGGUGGGAGGCGGUGGCGGCGGCGUUUGGAGGGAAGUACAAGACGGAGAAUGUGAUCAAGAAGGCGAAAGAGAUUGGGGAGAAGAAAGUCUACGAGAGUGAUGAUUACGCUCAGUUUCUGAAGAACAGGAAAGCUUCUUCUUCGGAUCCGAGAUUGGGUGAAGAAGAAGAAGAAGAAGACGCGGGAGGAGAUGAGGAGACUUGGAGUAAUGGAGAAGACAUUGCUCUGCUCAAUGCUCUUAAAGCUUUUCCGAAAGAAGCGGCCAUGAGAUGGGAGAAGGUUGCAGCUGCUGUGCCUGGGAAGAAGUCCAAGGCAGCUUGUAUGAAGAGAGUUACUGAGCUUAAGAAAGGGUUUCGGAGCUCCAAGUCUGGAGCCAAUUAGUUAGCGAGAGAAGUUGAUUUUGAGAGACUCUUGUUAGUUACAUGUUUUCUGAAUAAUUGGAAGAUGAUAAUCACUAUUCUUGGGUUAAUGUUGUUAUGUUGAAUGACAUGUUCUUGGGAUAAUGUUGUUAUCUAGAAUGAGAGUAAGGAGAAGAAACUCUAGUGAAACCUACUCUUUAGGUUAUGGCUCGUCUACUUUUAUCCAGUGGUUGUAUGAUUGAUGGUUGGUAAAAGUGUUUUUUAUUUUCUUUGGUUUA